AUGGCCGUCGAGCCUGAAACAAGCAGAAAUGGCGAAUUGCAACCGCUAUCCAGCCAGCAACCGCCUGGCAGCCCUUCGAUUGCCCUCCCGAACCUGCAUACCGAAAUCCUCGCCCCCCGGCUGCCCAUUUCCAUUGCUGUUGACCCCAUUGCUCUGGUCACCUCCGAAUGCAUUACGGUGACUUCUGCCAUGCGAAAGCAUGCAAGAUGGGCUCAUUCUUCGGUUGCCGCUAUUCUAGGAGGAAGUGGUUCUUUCAGGACACCCGAUUGGGAUCCCCCGAUCCCCUCCACCCCCCAGAAUCCUACAUCUGGGACACACACAAAUGAUAAGUCAACGCCGUCGAAAUCAAAUACUAUAGGCAGCGACUCGGAUUUUGCGCUUGCAGGAAGAUGGGGCCUGCGUGGUAAAAAGGGAAAAAGUUUGCAGGACAACCCCCUAAUGUCUGCCUUUACAAGACUCCGAGUCGACUUAAAAGAAUGCCGGAAUAUACACAUAUUCGAUACACCAUCUCUCCUACACCCUUUUCUUCAGGUGAUUCGGUCUUCUUCUACCUCUGCCCCAAUUACAUCUCUGGCGUUGAUCGCAAUUACAAAGUUUUUUGCCUAUAACAUCAUAAACCAAGAUUCUCCAAGACUAUCAAUGGCGUUACAGCGGCUGUCCGCCGCAAUAACGCACUGCCGGUUCGAAGCCAGCGAUUCGGCUGCCGAUGAGAUCGUCUUACUUCGAAUCCUGAAACUCAUGGAAGGAAUGAUUUCGAGACCAGAAGGAGAAUUGCUGGGGGAUGAAAGUGUUUGUGAAAUGAUGGAAACUGGUUUGAGCAUGUGCUGUCAAGUCCGACUAUCAGAAGUGCUUCGAAGAUCUGCCGAAAUAGCCAUGGUCAAUAUGUGCCAAGUGAUCUUUCAGCGAUUGUGUCUGUUGGAUGCCGAAAAUGAAAUUGGGGCUCAUCGGUUCCAGGAAGACCCAUCGCUCAAAGAUGCGGGCGGUGUGAAGAUGGAUCCCUCAGUUGAUGGUGAUACUGUGGCGUCUCAACAUCAAUCUAGUCUAGAUCCACAUACCCCUAACCCGGAAGUAGAACGGCCUAGCAGCGACCACUCUUCGAAUACGACUGUUAAUGGAGAUGGGACUGUUCGGCCUGAAGAAUUCAUGUAUCCUGAAGCAAAGCCGUACGGGUUGCCGUCUAUACGAGAGUUAUUUCGUGUUCUCAUCGACUUACUCGACCCCCACAAUCCGCAACAUACAGAUGCAAUGAGAGUUAUGUCACUGAGGAUAAUAGAUGUAGCAUUGGAGGUUGCAGGGCCUUCUAUUGCGAGACAUCCUAGUCUCGCCCAGCUGGCGAGGGAUGAUCUCUGUCGAUAUCUUUUUCAGUUGGUGAAGUCCGAAAACAUGGCAAUUCUAAGUGCUUCCUUGAGAGCUGCAGGUACCCUACUAUCUACCUGCCGAUAUGCCUUAAAACUUCAGCAGGAGUUGUUUUUAUCGUACUUGGUCGCUUGCCUCCAUCCCCGAGUGGGAAUUCCCCAGGAGGUCGGUAUAGACCCCGCCCUCUAUGCUGGAGUGCCCCAAGCUCCUAAGUUAGUGAAGCCGUCUCCCUCUCAAGCAGGCAGUGGCCGAUCAACUCCAGUCCCUGUGAAAGAUAGACAAAAACUCGGUAUGGAAGGAGGGUCCCGGAAACCAGAGGCCCGUGAAGCUAUGGUGGAAACCAUAGGCGUUCUGGCUAGGAUUCCUAACUUUAUGACCGAACUUUUUGUCAACUACGAUUGCGAUGUUAACCAGGCUGAUCUCUGCGAGGACAUGGUUGGACUACUGUCUCGAAAUGCAUUCCCUGACUCAGCGACAUGGAGUACAACAAACGUUCCGCCUCUUUGCCUAGAUGCUCUAUUAGGAUACAUCCAGUGCAUUUCCGAUCGCUUAGACAAUAAGCCAAAUUUCGACAACCUACCCAGUUUAGCUGCAUUGAAACAACAGCGUCAGCGCAAAAAGCUGGUAAUUCAAGGCGCAACAAAAUUCAACGAAGACCCAAAAUCUGGCAUUGCAUUUCUUGCUUCAAAUGGGAUCAUCGAGGACAUCGAAGAUCCGAAGCUUAUAGCCAAAUUUCUAAAGGGUACAAGCCGCAUCUCGAAGAAAGUUCUAGGAGAAUAUAUUUCCAACCGCAAAAACGAGAAAAUUCUUGAAGCUUUCAUGGAACUGUUUGAGUUUGCGGGUGUUGGCAUCGUUGAAGCUCUUCGUAACGUUCUCGGCUCUUUCCGUCUACCAGGCGAAGCUCCUUUAAUCCAGAGAAUAGUCACAAUUUUUGCUGAAAAGUAUUUGGCCGGGGGGAAACCUAAAGAGGCCGUUGAUGCGGACUCCCUUUUCAUUUUAACAUACGCGACUAUCAUGCUGAACACUGACCUUCACAACCCGAACGUGAAACCACAAAACCGUAUGACCGUUGAAGGUUUUACGAAAAAUCUCAGCGGUGUUAAUGCUGGCGGGAAUUUUCCAGUCGAAUACUUAGAAGAGAUAUAUCGAUCCAUACAGCAAAAUGAAAUCAUUCUUCCCGACGAGCAUGAAAACAAGCAUGCAUUUGAAUAUGCAUGGAAAGAAUUACUUUUGAAAGCCGCUAGUGUGGGCGUUCUAAUACCUUGCGAUUCUAACAUAUUUGAUGCCGAGAUGUUUGAAGCAACAUGGCGCCCUGUGGUCGCUACUCUUUCUUACGUAUUUAUGUCCGCAUCUGACGACGCAGUAUUUUCUAGAGUUGUCAUUGGCUUUGACCAGUGCGCCAAAAUUGCCACCAAAUACGGCGUAACCGAUGCUCUUGACCGAAUUAUCUUUUGCCUAAGCUCCAUCAGCACUCUUGCCUCAGAAACACCACCUAAUAUCACUCUCAAUACGGAGGUGCAGAUAGGGAAGAAGGUCGUGAUGGUUAGUGAACUCGCUGUAAAGCUUGGAAGGGAUUUCAGAGCACAACUUGCAACUGUAGUUUUGUUCCGAGUGCUUUCAGGCAGUGAAGCAGUCAUUCGGAAUGGGUGGGAAUACGUUGUUAGAAUUCUGCAUCAUCUAUUCAUUAAUUCGCUGAUCCCUCAGCUCGACAUUCGGGAAUCUGGCCUUGAUAUUCCCCCGAUCCCUUUACAGCCACCUUCUCAAGUCGUUGACAGAGAUGGCCGCGGCACCGAAGCCGGGUUGUUGUCAGCUUUUACCUCUUAUCUUUCUAGCUACGCAGCGGAUGAUCCUCCAGAGCCAUCUGAUGAAGAGAUUGAAAAUACAUUGUGCACAAUAGAUUGCAUUAACGCAUGUUGCGUUUCUGAACUGCUUGAAAAUAUACGAUCCAUUCCUAUUUCUUCGAUGACAUAUCUUGUUAAUAUUCUCCUUUCUAAACUUCCUGAUACAAGCCCUGCUGUGAUUGUUGUUAAGCCAGAGAGACCACGAACUACACGGCCAGCGAGCAGCAGAUCUAAUUUCAAUAGUUCAAGAUAUAAUCCAGGUUUAAUAUACGUACUUGAACUAACAACACUCCUUGUAUUACGAGAUGCUCAUACAACACAGCAAAUUGGUGAAAUUUUGACAAGAAGUUUACAUGACAUUAUCCGCGACCCGAAAAAUAUACAUCCACUAAUGCUUUCCCGUGUUAUUUGUUAUCUAUUGGUGCUUCUUCGUCGGGGCUAUGAACAUUCAUUCAUGAGACCUCCAGUAAUCCUUCACACAAUAUCUAGCUUUGAUCAAGAUGUCCUUGAGAGUGUCGCUGUGCCAAUUGUGGCCGGACUCACAAAAAUCACUAAUGAAACUCCGCUCUGGAAUGAGAUCACGCGAUACCCGGACUUUUGGUCUAUUCUCCAGAGAUUACAUCAGCACCAGGACGGUGCCAUAUUGGUUUUUGAAUUGCUGCAGAAAGUUGUCGAAUCGGGCCCUCCCAUCGUUAGCGCAGACAACUAUGAAGCCGCAGUAGGCCUUGCGAAUGAUUUUGCAAGCUCUGGAAGCGUUGUUGCCCUUCGAGAGCUACAACAGGAUAUCUCAGCAAGAAGAUCUAAACCUAUGAAGAAGACUUCAAAGGCCAAGGACGAUCCGCUGGUUAUUCGUAGUGUCAAAGCGAUAAAUCUCAUUUACCAUAUGACUGCUAGGAUACCCAUUCUUAUCAACCAGUCUCAUCUUGAACGAAACGAAGCCUGGACUGCAUAUUGGUCUCCAAUCUUCAGUUCCUUAAGUACUCAGUGCAUAAAUCCCUCCCGAGAUAUCAGGCAUCAAGCAAUUUCCGCACUCCAGCGAUCUUUACUUUCACCUGAGCUUGCUUCUACAGACCACAAAGAAUGGGUGGCAAUCUUUGGCGAAGUUUUGUUUCCUUUAAUUAUUCGCCUAUUGAAACCCGAAGUCUACCAGUCCGAUCCUGCGGGCAUGAGCGAAACACGAGUCCAAGCGGCUACUCUUCUAUGUAAAAUUUUCCUUCACUACCUUGUUCUACUUUCUGAAUGGGACGGUAUGCUUGAUCUCUGGCUAAAGAUCCUUGAUAUUCUGGACCGUAUGAUGAACAGCGGACAGGGAGAUAGCCUUGAAGAGGCUGUCCCUGAAAGCUUAAAAAAUAUUCUUUUGAUUAUGGCAGAUGGUGGCUAUAUAGCCCCACCGGGCAAAGAUCCAACAAAGGAGAGGAUCUGGACUGAAACACAAAAGCGACUUGAUCGAUUCCUUCCUAAUCUUUUCAAAGAAAUCUUUCCCUCUGUUCCAGAAGAGGACUCUGCCCCUGCCACUGAGCCACCUAGGAGCCAGCCACGGCCUCUGAAAAGCGGUUCGGACGGAGAAAAGCCCGCCGUGAAAACCGAACGCAGUCAAGAAGAGCAGAAUGAAGUGGACUGA